CAACAGUGCGGCAGCAGCAGCAGCGGUGGAGGUUCGACAGAGGGUGUGGUGGUCAGCUGUAGCAGCAAUAGCAACGUCGUUGGAGGUGUUGUUGUAGGUGGUGGUGGUGGUGGUGGUGUUGUAAACAACAGAAGAAACGAAUGCAACAACGUUGUAGUAAGUAGUAGCGGUGUAGUAAGUGGCAUGGAUUGCAUGCCCCACCGUCCAGGGCCGUUCCAUUAUUUGAUAAACGAGCAAGCGAAGUCGUUGGUAGCACUGCAGGAGUUGCAGAAUGAGGUCGGCGCCCUUCUCGAGUUCCGGGACCUCGUCAUCGAGACGUUCCCAAACCUCCGGCACAAGAUGGCUGCGACGGCGUCGGCGGGUGCGUCCGUGAUGUCCUCCAGCCAGAAUUCCCAUAUACCGUUGCCUUUAUCGAGCCCAUCAUCGAGAAGGGUUAGCGAAUGGGAACCGGGUAAAGUUAGGAGACGAGUAGUAGCAAGGGAACAACAACAACAGCAACAGCAACAACAACAGCAGCAGCAACAACAACAACAACAAGCAACCGAGUCUUCCUCAUCGUUGCCAAGAAGUCGUAGCAAUUCUCAAAGCGGGGGUACCAAAAACAACUGCAGUGCAACCGUUCAGGAUUCCGGGUUCAGUACGGAGACCUCGUCGAAGGACAGUGCAUCUACAGCGAUAGCCCCAAGACCUAGCAGCCCUCGGGCUGGCGUUUUGUUGGACGAGGCCGAAGAUGAACUAUGGAAUCUCCUCGACGUCAUACAUCGGAAGGGUAUCAGGCUUCGAGAGGAAGUCGAGUGUCUCCAAGGUCGUUUGGAAAGUGUCACCACCGAGGACCUUGCCUCUGGCGACGACGUUUUGGAAGCCGUUAGAAAGGUAACCCAUUUGGAUAGCACCGAACACCACCACCACCACCAAACAACCGAUCUUCAACUCGACAAGAGUAACAAUCCUAGAGAAUCCCAAGUGAGGCUUUUGAGAAGGGAAAAGGAACAAUUGUUGGAUAAGGUUGCCGAAUUAGAAGCCGAGACGAUAUCGAGUCGUGCCCGUGCACAGGAAUUACAAACGGAAUUGGCUGCAUUGUCAGCAUUGAAAACUGGUCUCGAGGAUAGAUUGAAGGCCGAAUACAACGAUUCGGAUCUUUUGUCACCGGGUGCACAGAGAUUGCAACCGAUAGCUCCGGUUGUAUUGUCGACACCUAAAAGUGUUAAUGUUAGUAACAUCAAAAGCAAGUCCUCGGCUUUCGCGUCGGUUGCGAAAAAUCAUAAGAGUCGUUUUCGGACGAGGACCAUAGAAAAAAAUGUAUUGUUGGACGCGGUGGCAGCACACGUUGACAGUGAACGUCGGGAAUUCGAUAUCGAAGCUAGCGUGAUCGAGAGAAGAGCCAGGUUGGGGGCAUUGGAUUCCGUCCUAGUAUCACCUACGAGAGUGACCCACGUGAAGGAUGUCGAUUCUGGUAAAAUUGCGGCAAUACUUCGUGAAAAUUCACCACUCGAGUUGCAACGGCACCUAAUCACAACCACCGUCCAUAAUCAAGUCUUGCAAAAGAGGCUGGACGAGGUACAAAAGAGUACGGAAACUCUUUCGGAAAGAUUAGAUAAGGCUCGUGAGGAGAACGACGAUCUCCGAUUCCAGUUAGAAGAAAGAAACAUCGAAUUGGAGGGUACGCGUGCUCGCGUGCGUGUCUUGGAACGUCUUCAGCAACGGCCACCGACGGAAAUCGAACCCGAAACUGAAAACGAGCAGCCAAGAUGCGAACAACAAAGUGGUUUAGAACCAGGUAGUAGUACGGAGUCGGCACGGGAUCAUCACCAAACAGCAGUCGAAGUUAAACCAUCGCCACGUCGGCGACCUAGUCGUAUACCUUUGCCGGGUUCAACGGGUAAACCGACGGCACCGAGACCGCCGAGUCACGGUAGAAACGACAGCAGAGAGUCUCUCAAGUCUUUGACGAGGUUACCGAGAGAUUCUAGUCGCGACAGUCAUUGUGGGAAAUCUUUAUCGAAGACUCGAGAUGCUAGCAGGGAAUCAUUGGGCACCAAUAAUAACAAUAACACCAAUAACAACAACAACAAUAGCAGUAACAAUAGCAACAGCAACAAAAGUUUAUCGAAGAAUCCAACCAGCAGUAACAACGGCAAGGAGACCAGCAGGGAUUCCCUGAACAGGUCCCUGCCCCGUAACAAUUCCAGCCGAGACUCCUUAAACAAAUCCUCCUCGCUGUCCCGCGCCCGAGACUCGUUGGAGUCUAGCAAUGUCGGGACAAACCCGUCCCCGGGCACGACUCCUCCUAGACGACCGCCCGCUCCUGCGCGUCGUUCCCACAGCCUGGCUCGCGCUGCAUCCUCCGUUGAUACCGACAAUGGCAAGACAUACACCGAACCACCGAGUUCCUGGUGUUCGACCAACAGCAGCAGUUUUCGGCACAGCGAUUCAUCAUUGUAUCCGGAUUCAUUAAAUCAAGAAACCUCAUCAGUAACUGGCUCAACUCGGGUCGAAUUUAUACUUGGAUCAUCCACUCGAUGUUUUAGGCCUAAUUCGACCUGGCCACAUCGAUACUUUGACAGCAUAGAUUCAGCUGACAUGAUACCUGAGAGUCUGUUAACCGAUGAGUUUCCAUUACGUUGUGGUGAAGCUAUGGCUGAACGUGACUCGCUCGAAUGUCAUCCUCUUUCCAGUGAAGGAUGAUGAUCAUAAUGAUGAUGAUGAUGAUGAUGAUGAUGAUGAUGAAUGAAAGACUAUCUUUUAAGAAAUCGAUACAAUUUUCUUUCCUAAUUUUAUUAUUUUUUUGUUGUUAAAUAUCUUUUAAUCAAACCAUCCAACGUUUCGGUAGGACGGAUUAUGAUUUUUGUUUUUUCUUCUUCUUCUAUUUUCUAAUUAAUUUUUUUGUCAAUUAUAUAUUGCAUAAUUUUCGUGUAUAUUAAGAAAUUUUGAUUGUUAUAUGAAUUGUUUGGAAACAUUCGCGCGAUUAAUUCAUUCUGUGACACGAGAUUUAUUUUUAAGAUUUGUGCUUUUUA